GAAGUUUUGGAGGUGUGAUCAAAUGACUGUGGAUGGCAAAGGUCGCUGUAAAGGAAGGAUUCAUACCGAGGAUAACGUGGUAGUGAAAAAUGUAAAUCUUCAUUGUCAUGGAAGUUCUGCAGGGGCUGUGGAAGCAGCUGCAAUAAAAACUUCCAUGACAAAAAGGUGUGCAGAAAGCCAAGCACUGCGCACGUUAAUAAUAAUUGCGUGAUUCGCAUUUCACAAAGUGCCCAAGCUGCGUUACCUAACAACCCACCUUUGAAGAACAUGAUACGGCGAAAUAGAAAUGCUAACGAUAUUACACCACCAUCUCCCAUAUCUGCAGAGGCUUUAAUCAUCCCAGACCGUUACAAAUCAUAUAUAGCUGCCAAUAAUGUUGAAUAGCAGUUUCUUUUGUGUGACAGUGGCCCUCAUCCAAACCGAAUUCUGAUUUUUGGCCGUUAAAAUUUAAAUAUUCUAAAGGAGUCUCGCCACUGGUUUGUAGAUGGCACUUUUAAACCAACUUCAUCUUUUUCAUCAGAUCUACGUUAUUAUGGCAGAAAGAUUUUGGUGGGGUACAUCCAAUUAUUUAUGCCGCCUUGCCAAAUAACCAAGAAGCGACUUAUAUGACAAUGAUUCGUAGUUUGCAGAAGUUGGAGCCAGAUUUAAAUCCUGAAAAGAUUUCAUGUGAUUUUGAACUUGCCGCAGUUAAAAUGCUUUCAAGAGCUGUUUUCCAAAUGUACAUACUGGGUUGUUUUUCCAUUUAGUGAAGAAUUUGAAGAAAAAAAUGGCGCAGUUUCAUUUGCUUGCUCGUUACAGUAUGGACGGUGAUUUUAGCGUUCAAGCAAGGAUGGUUACUUCGUUGGCAUUUGUUCCCAUACCAGAUCUAGAUGAUGCAUUGGAUCAAUUAGCAAAUGAAAUACGCCAAGAACUACAACCAGUACAAUUAGUUUCCGGUCGCCAACCGCAAAUUAAAUUAAAAAAGCAUCGUGACGCAGAUGAACGCAUUAGAAUGUUGGGGGAUAGAUACGAUAGGGACAAUAGGUACCUUUACACUUACGCUUUUUCGCGCGGUCUAAACGUGUGGCGUUCCAAUCGCGCGCGAAAGAAUGCGAAUCUGGAUGUAACUCCGGUCCUGCAUGCCGAGCGCGAGCGCAUUACUGCAGGAAUUGCGUGCGGUUAAAAAACGUGCUCAUUUUGGUUGCCGGUUUUCGCGCGUUUAGACCACGUUUUAUUAUAAAAAUUGGUACUUCAUUUUGAAAACAUUGUAAGAGUCGGUGUUUCUCUGGUUCUGUACAAAAUGGCGGACAGCCGAUAUUGGUCAAAAGAAAUUGUUGCAAACUUUAUAGAAAUUUACAAAGGCCAUCCAUGUCUUUGGAAAGUGAAAUCCAAAGAUUACACUAACAAAAAUUUAAAAAAUCUUGCAUAUGACAAGCUAGUUGACUUUUGCAAAACGUUUAAUACAGAAGCAAAUAGAGAUUAUGUGAUAAAAAAAAUUCAGAGCUUCCGGGGCUCUUUCCGUAAAGAACUGAAAAAGCUUUUGCAAUCGAAAAGGAGCGGAGCAGGAGUGCCGGAUGUGUAUGAACCAACGCUCUGGUACUAUGAUCUACUACUUUUUACUUGCGAUCAAGAGAUACCAAACGCAAGUGUGCAGAGUAAUAUGUCUCAUGACGAAACAGUAGUCGAUAAUAAUAGCCAGGAUGAUGAGGAAGAAGAAAAUCAAGACACACAACUUUCAGAACACACUGAAUGGGAAACAGAUGAACUUGUGGAGGAAAGAAGAGAAAAUAAAUCUAAUAAGGACCUUUUAUUGACUGAGAAUGAUAAUGCUUCAAAUUCAACUCCAAAAUCCGCAUAUUCAUCAGGGAUGAAAUCUCUUAGUACCACACCAAGGCAGAAAAAGAAAACCACUAUUAAGAAGAGAAAUGAAGAAUUUAUGGAAUUUUGUAAGCAGCAACUUCAAGCACACAAUGAUAUCGAUGAAUAUGAUGCAGUUGGAAUUUCAUGGGCCAAAAAAUUAAAAAGAAUGAACCCCGAACAAGCUGUUUAUGCUGAAAGCUUAAUCAAUAGCAUUGUUUCUCGUGGUUUAUUAAAUAAGCUGUCAGAUGCGGUUACAUUGUCCGACGCAAAUGAGCAAAGACCUGCAUCAUCUUCAUCAUCUUAUACCUUAAACUCAUCAGAUAGCAGGCAGUGUUGGCAAGUUACAUUGCCAUGCGAAGAUGCACCACAACCUCCUGUUGUUGUACCCUCAAGCAGUUUAGUAGAGUAUUACACAUCUAUUGCUAAUAUUAAUACGAAUGAAUAGUGUAAAUAAUAAAAUAAUAAACUUACCUUCAUGUAUUCUUUCUUCAGAACCUGGUAAAGAGCUUUACAAGUUUCAGGAAUAAUUUGACAUAAGGCAGACGAUGAAAUUCCA